AAAACGAAAAAACGAGCUGAAUUUCCAUUUUGGGGCAAAAUUGAAAAACCAAAAAACGACCAGUUUCUGCUUUUUUGUUGUUGUUUCAAUUAGAACGAAAAAACAAACGGUUAAAACGUACCUUCGUCCCUGGCCCUCCCACGGCGCCGGGCAUGGAUACAAGUAAAUAUAAAUGGAGAAAUGGUCUCUUGUGCAAAAUAGAAACCUCAUUUUAUGUAUAGACAGUUGAAGAGGAAGAUUUAAAUAUUGAUUAAGCAAUUGGAGGGGUUACUUCGGGAGGGGAUCCGGAGGCAGCCGAAGAUGAUCUCGACGCUGUGACGCAAUCAAGAAGCGACGACUGCUUGAUUUGUUGUUUCUUCAAAUCGUGGUCAGACCUUAUAUCAUAGACAAGUUUCCUUCCUUUUCUAAUAAGAAGACCAUGGUGUUAUGAUUCCAAACAGAGUCCACCUCUCACAGAGGAACAGGUUAAUAUCUUUCAUGUUCGAGUCAAUGACCACUAUGGUGGAAAAGGCUUGAGGACAACUUUAUUCCUACACACCAAAAGUACUUGAAGGAAAACAACCUGGAGGAAAAUCAAGGAAGGAACAAACCACAACAUCUAAAGUUUAGAGGACCACUGGGAAAGGAGAGGACAGGAGUGCGGAGAGGUUGAGUUGGGGAUGGGGUUGAAGAGCCAAAGGAGGACGUCAUGGUUCACAGCGGCUCUGCAUCCCCAAUGACAACAUCAUCCACUCAUUUAACUGUUCCUGCUUCAGCACCUUCUCUGCAAGGAGCUCCACCUCUGGUGCCUCCACCUGGAGAUACUACCCAUCAAGACCUAACCCAGACUCCUUCCAAACCCCUCCACACAGACCUUUCUUCAAACUCAGAAUCAACACAGCCCUCGACUCCAAUUCCUGCUGAUACCAAGCCCCAUGUUGUAAUCCCAGCAGAAGCACUUACUACCUUUUCCAGCCCAGCGUCAGCCUGGUCCGCUCAACAGACACCUACCGCCUCUCAGGGCUCAGUUAAUGGCCGUACGUCCGGCAGGAAGAGGACCCCUAAAGCCUGUGACUGCUGUGGCCCCAACAGUGCAAGACACAAUGCCCAUACUUCGGGCAGAGGAAGGGCGAGAGGGAGGGGAAGGGGGCUUAGUAGGGACCUCGGGGACACCCCAAAAAGGAAAGUGGAUGGCCAGCUAACAAGGAUAAAGUGUUUUGAUUUGGCCAAGGAGGCAGUUAAGGAAGCCGAGUGUGACCAUGAUCGAUAUGAGAAGGUGCAAAGGACUGUAGUCGUUGCUGAUACUGAGUCAGAAGCUCCUGGUGCUCCACCCGUCACAGACUCCCUGCAGGAGGGACCAAUAAAGAACUAUGUUGCUCUAGAGAAAAAAGAUAGGCAGAUAAAGGGGGAUGUGUUGAUAGAAGGGUUAGGUGGGAAAGUAGGCAGUUGUAGCAGGGAUGUUGCAAUGCUAGGAAUGGCAGGCAGGGGAUUCCCAUUAGUUAGAGGGAGAGGGGCGAGGGGAAGGGCGAUGGCUACGUCUGCAUCAAAAAUGGAAGUAGAUGGUGAAAGAAAGUUGGCAGGUUUAAGUGGUGUUGUCAUUCAUUCAAAAAGCCAUGCAAUAUCUCCAGUCGUUUCAAUGCAGAAGCAGGGUCAAAACAAUGAUUCAGAUAGUGUACAUGGAGAGCAAACUUGCCCCAGCUCAGUUAAUCCUCCCAUUGCAAAUGGAGACACGGUAAAUCUGAGUGACACUGAGGAGGAGACGAAAGAGGGUAACGUGAUGACGAGUGUAACGAAAAAUGGACUUGAAUCUAUCGCACUGCUGUCCAGUCCAGGUUCAAUGUCAGCAUCUCCCAAGGACCUGGACUCUGAGAUGCAGGUGGACAAGACACCUGACAGAACUGUACCAGUAACUCAGUCCAAUGGAAAAGACGCUUCACCAACAGUGAACCACUGCUCCACACUCAUGGAGGUGGAUGCUUCUCACCCAGCUCCGGUUGCUCCUUCGUUCCAGGGACCAAUCACAGUGUGCAGCAUGCAGCACAGCUGGGCAUUAAGAGACCACCGGCUGUACUGUAACUCUGAAACCUGGGACAGGGGGGGGGUGGAGGAGGUGUGGGGCAAAGAACCCUCAGAAGGAACCAAUGGACAAGUGAUAGAUGGAGAGAGGAAGAAUAAAGAAAGCCUGGAGCAGCUUACGGAUAUGAUCCACGAGUUUCUGGAGAGCUUUUACAUGAAGUAUGGAAGUUUUAAUCCUCUAAGUGAGAAUGAUGUCCUGGAACACCUGAAGAAGAAAGGCAACACUCACCUCAGCAACCGGAGCCUAGACAUCAAAAGGGAGAUGACUCGGUACAGGGCGGGGCUGGCCUCUGCUCCUAUCGCAGGCUUCAUGUUGUCGUAUAACAAACACACCCUGGGCUUGGAGGACCUCAGCACACUGGAGGAACAAAACUGGCUCAAUGACCAGAUCAUUAACAUGUAUGGAGAAAUCAUCAUGGAGGCAACACAACACAAGGUUCAUUUUUUCAACAGCUUUUUCCACAAGCAGCUUGUUGCCAAGGGUUACGAGGGUGUGAAGAGAUGGACUAAAAAAGUUGACCUGUUCUCCAAGUGGCUGCUGCUCUUCCCCAUCCAUUUAGAAAUCCACUGGUCUCUCAUUACGGUCACCAUGGCAACCAAAACCAUCAGCUACUACGACAGCCAAGGCAUCGUCUUCAGACACACCACAGAUAACAUAAUGAAGUACCUUCAGUCUGAAGCCAGAGAGAAGCAGCAGACAGCUUUCCAGAAAGGCUGGAAGAUUACCAUCAUCAAGGGCAUUCCUCAGCAAAGAAACGACAGCGACUGUGGAGUCUUCGUCCUCGAGUACUGCCGCUGUCUCUCGGUGAGGCAGCCUCUGCUCUUCAGUCAGGAGGACAUGCCGCGCAUACGCAAGAGAAUCCACAAGGAGCUGUGUGACUGUCGCCUUAACGAUUGAUCGAGUGAUAGACAGUCUCCUUCACUCACUGGCUGCUCGCCUGGUCACAUGGGACAAUCUGUCCAAGUUUGUCUUUGACAGCCUGUUACAUAACUGCUAACACAACCGACCUUCUGUACUCCAGGGAGCCCUGACUGACAGCUGACGGCUGCUCAUUGGGACUCAAAGAGUUCAAAAACAUUCUGUAGCUAAGCAGAUUUUUACUUGCAAAGAACUACUGACGUGGCCCCCUACUGACCACCAGACAUGCUGGACCUGUGCCCAUCAGGUUGUUUUUAUGUUUGACAUUUUCCUUUCCUAGUUUCUUUUGGCAGUGGAUUUCAACCGAAUGCACCCUGCAGAGGACUGACUGAGGAGAGGCGUUGGACCAGCCCGGACCAACGGGGGCUUCCAUCCCUAAAGGAGUGGCCUUUUCUCUCAGAUGGCCAUUUUAACCUGACUGACAUUUUAUGUUUUAGUUUCAUGCUGGACUUUAUGGCAGUACCAUACUUACAGUUAUGUGUUUUUUUUAACAUGUUGAAUUAAGUUAGGAUGUUUUGAUUCAGUGGACCAACCGUUCACUAAAAACUUGAAGGUUUAAGUUGGUUUCGUUACAGAUAUUUGCACGGUUAGAGGCCUAUCCAUUGAAGACUCUAUAACACCAACUGAAUGUACUGAUCCUGUAUUCUUCCUGGUUGCCUCAAAGGGUGGAGCUCCAUACAGGCUAAUAGCACAUGUUGGCUUGAUACAGGGAUAUCAUUUUGCAAGGUUGUUUUCAGGUUUUUGGCACCGUACUAGUAAUCAUUUCUUAUUCAAUUCCAGUUUUUCCACAACAUUAUUUCUUGCGCUUAUUCGUUUUGCUGUGAUCAAGUUUUCUGCUGAAAGCAUCGGUUUUACUUUUUAAAUCCACCAGUUUUAGUUAACAACAGUUUCUCAUGCUGGUUAGAAGAGCUGUACUGCUAGCUGCUGAUGUUGACUUUAUAUUGCUGAGGCCUCCUGCUUCACAUGGACACAUUAACACAGGUUAAGUGUGUGUGAGUGGCCUCUUAACAGAGAAACAAGUGGACCUCAGUUAUUUUAAAUGUAAUCUGUUCUUUUGUUAUAUUCAGUUAUAUUUGUUAUGCGUAUUUUCAGAUUGUAUUGUACUCUUACAGCUCUACUACUGUACAUGCUUGCUUUGACUGAAACCCACGAUUGUUUCUGGACUGUUUUUAUUGUUCAUAUUAAAUGGCAGAUCCGGCUGGGAAUUUUGUUGAAGAUUUUCUCUUAAGUAGUUUUUGAAUGAGAUGAGCACUGGUAGGAUUAACAAAAUCACAUGUAUGCCUAAACAUGGAACAGGAUGGAUAAUAUAUUUUAAGCUUUACUCCUAGUGAUGUUUGAGGCUUAUUUUCCAAAAGAAUGUCUCUAACCAAGUCCCAUUCACGGAUAUCUACAUUCAUCCAGCAAUGCCUGUUUCAAACGUUACUCUUUAUCCGAUCAGAUGCUGUUGAAAUCCAGCAGAGAAACGUCCUUGCCUAAAAUAAGAAGAGAAAUGUACUAAAAUCUGUUAUCAAUAAAUGCUUUUCACCCCGGUUUUCUUUGAGUUAGAGGCAGUGGUGACUUACAAGUUAAAUUGAUCCUUUAACCGCUGAUUGUGUCGAGUGACUUACUAGAUAAUCUCAUCACUGCAAGUCUUAUCAAAAUCUAAAUGUAGCUUAUCUUUCCCCCUGAGGGAAAAAAAUCUAUUGUCAUUAUAAAAUCUCAGCUGUCGUUGAUGAAAACCCCUGAAGCAUCUAUUUGAUGAAAAAUGAUUAAAGAUCCAUGUACUUUUGCCAAA